AUGGAGAGCCCCUCGGCCGUUUGCUUGUGGGGAUGCCACUACGUCUACCGCUCCUACAUCUACCCAUUCCUGAUUCGUACCAGCAAGGACAAACGCAUGCCGCUGACCGUGAUGCUUUCCGGGGACUUCUACAAUGUGAUCAACGCGUACAUCAACGCUCGGUACCUGAGCCAGUAUGGCGACUACAGCGGGGAUAGCCCGUUUGCACGGCCUUCGUUCUACGCUGGAGUCGCUCUCUUCGUGUUUGGUCUGUCGAUGAACAUCUACUCGGACCAAGUGCUGAUCAAUCUGCGCAAACCUGGCGAGUCGGGCUACAAGAUUCCCUACGGUGGACUGUUCGAGUACGUGUCGUCGCCCAACUACCUGAGCGAGUUGCUGGAAUGGACAGGCUGGACACUGCUGUCCCAAUCGCCUGCAGGUUUGUCGUUCGCUGUGUACACCGCCACGAACCUCGUGCCCCGGGCCUUGAGCAACCAUCGCUGGUACCAAGACAAGUUCCGCGACGAGUACCCGGUAAACCGCCGGGCGAUCAUCCCAUUUCUGUGGUAG